AUGGGACCCAAGCUGCUAACACCAGAGGAGCUGAUCACUCCGGCAGAAACACCGCAGGCUGAAUCCUCAGAGGCUCCUGUCAUCGAUAAAGAGAGCCUUAUGGCCCGACUCCAGAAUAUACCGACCGAAACGCUCCGCAGUAUUCUCAUGAACCAAGUGGACCUCGAGAUCCGCCUCAAGCACCGAGAGCUCCGUCUUACCGAAGAAGAAAUCGGCAAGUGUGAAGCCCAGAUGCUAGCGCUUCGCAAGUUCUUCGAUGUGCCCAACGAUGUGACUUUCAACAGUGAACCCAACGACUUCACACUCAAGUACUACGAUGUGCUCAACAAGUCGCUCUCCGUGAGCUACACACGGCUCCAGCAGCAGCUGUACCAGGAGCAGCCGAAAUUUAACGAAGCGGUGUUUGAAACAGCGCCACCAGAACCAGCCCACUACAGAACAAGAUCUACAACGUCAUCGCUACGUCCCAGCAUAACAGGCCCUGGUCUCCGGGUGGCAGGCUGCUUGUACCGCCGAACUGACGGCAUCAUCGUCAAGCUUACGUGUCCCGAUUGCCACCGUAGCAAUUUCUCGUCAGCGCAAGGUUUCCUCAAUCACAGUCGAAUUGCACACACCAAGGAAUACACCUCGCAAGACGCAGCGGCAUUGCAGUGUGGCGAGCUUCUCCCUGACGAUUUUCAAGAUGAUGAGGGCGUGGCUAGUCUAAAGAGCUUGCGUCAGAAAGAGCUUGAUCCGUCGAGGCACCUUAAUGUGAAUGAGAUGUACUUUGACGGGCUCAGCUCGACCCUCGGCACGGCCCCCGUGGCACCUUCAGAACCCUUCCAGAAAGUUCAGCGGAGCCGAAGUAACGACGAAAAUAACGAGCUCAUGAAGAAGCUUAUCAAGAGCGGUGUCGCCCAAGACGCCAAAGCAUACAAGGAGCUUGUGGACCAAGCCCGGCAGGACGUCCCCAAUGCCCAUUUAUUCGAAGGUGAAGUUGAAGAAAGCGAAAGCGAAGCGACGCCUGCCACGCCAGCUACACCAGCUACACCGCGUGCCGAAAGGCCUAAACCGGAAAAGCUGACUUCGAGACGAGGAAUCAUUGAGGAGAGGAGACAUCCCGAGAGUGGGGGCAAAUAUGAGAACCGGUUACGGAGGCGGAAGUCAAGGAGCUUCGUCGACGAGGACGACUACACACCUGGCGGGUCCUUGAAGAGGCCCAACUCAGACAAGGCCGAUUACUUUUCCUACGAAGCCGCUGACGUGAACGAACCCAUGACCAAGCUACAUCUCCAGCUGCCUCUUCUAAACUUCGACACGGCAGACUACUUCGCCAACCUCCCGCAGCAUACCUUUGCCCGAUCUGACUCGGCCUCCUCGACCGCCUUUGCAAAGCCUAGAUUACACAAGAACGCUGCAAACUCCAUCUCCUCCUUGACGUCCGACUCCACCGUGGUGGGCGACACCUCGUCGUCCUCCGCUGACCUUUCCAUGUCGACUGACACGCUUAUUGGCGAAAACUCGUCCAACUCGUCCCCCACAAAAAACCGCCGCAACAUGCUCCAGUUGAAGCUCAACGUUCCACGUCGUUCAUUCCAGCAGCCACUCGAGCCGCUCUACGAGUUUGAAGAGGAGGACAAGAAAUGCGUCUCCGCUACUACGCCUCGUUUUAACUUCGCCAACGAAACCCCUAAAACACCCACCAGCACAUAUCAGCAGCCUCCCUCGCUCAAAACACUGCUAACGGCCCCUCUCUCACUGAGCGCCACCACUUUUGCUCCUCCCACCAUUAAGAAGCAUCCGACCUCAGGUGACUUGGGCAGAUCAGACUACGUCGCCUCCAUCAAGACCGAACAAACAAGACGCCUUCACCAGGUUCCCUUGCAAGAAAACUUGCGUGGCAGCAUCACAGGCGUCUCUCCUGCUAUCAGAUAUGUGUCUCGUGAGGAGAUCGUUGCUCUCUUGAAGGCUCGUCGUGUUCUCGACUCCACGCAUCUUCCAAGCGUCUUGAUCAUCGACAUCAGACCGUUUGCAGACUACAUGAAAGGGCAUAUUUCAGGGGCACUUAACGUGUGUCUCCCUCUGACUCUUCUAAAAAGAGCAAACUUUAAUUUUCUUCGCUGCAUGAACUCGCUUCCAACAUACGAAAAGACCAUCUUACAAAACUACAUGCAUCAUUAUUCUGAUGAGUCCUUCACUGGAUACAGCAUGCCUCCCAUACUUGUCUACGACAACACAAAUUCUUCCAGCGGUUUGUUGCACAUGUGCAAGAAAUUGGUGGAUGGUUCAAGUUGGGAUUUGAAAAAUGGGCCUCCAAUCUAUCUUAUAGACGAGAACUUUCUGGCUUUCACUGCAUCAGCUCCUGAAUUCAUUGGUUCCGGAAAGGAAGAUACGAUUGACAUCAACCUGUUGUCUGUGAAGCCUCAAUCUUUGGGUGCACCUGCCGUGACAAAACCAUCUCUCUCGAUCGACACUUUGAAGCGCAGUCCAGUGCAACAGCGUCGCUCGCAUUCACUCACAGGUGUUCCAUGUUCCAGUGCUACUUUCCAAGAUAUCUCUACACAAGUGUCGAACUUCAAGCUUCCUCAAGAUAUACCCAUGGCUAAGUUCAAAAUUAGACACAAUGAAGAGAUGUUUGAGAGUUUGGUAACGCCAAAGAAGGAAGAGUUUGGUCUUUCUACGUUAACGCUGGCAGAGAUGGCCAAGCUUCCUCCUUGGCUCCAAGCUGUGGAGAAGAAUUCUUGCAUGGUCACUGACGAGUUCAACAAGCUUGAGCAGUGCGAGAAAAAUCGUUUGAAUGGUGCAUUUUGCUACAGCGAAAUUAAGCCAGAAAUUUCCACUCCUGGCGGAUCCUCUGAAAUCUGUCCUCAGAUCAACUGCGGCCUUGACUAUGGCCACAAGAACCGUUACAAAGAUAUUUUCUUAUUCGAUCACUCGCGUGUUCGGUUAACGGACGGGGCCAGAAUCAAGUCUAAAAGCCAGUCUUGUGACUACAUCAAUGCCUCGUAUUUGAACCCACUGAAUUAUGUGGGGGAUGUCGUGCAAGGCGAGGUCACUCAGGAGAAAGUUGACGAGUUGAAGUACAUUGCAACGCAGGGUCCUAUGAGAGAAACCAUUGGAGAUUUUUGGAAAUGCGUCAUCAAUCAGAAGUGUCUUUUGAUUGUCUCCUUAUCGGGUGAAUACGAAAACGGUGUGCACAAGUGCUCACCAUUUUGGAAGCCUGGUGUCUACAGAUCAGGUGAGAAUAUUAUCAAGGUUGAUAUUGAGAGCGAAGAGAUUCAAGGCAAUCUUGUGAUCAGGUCCUUCAAGGUCAGUUCGGACGCUAAGGUCUUUCACCGUGUGUUACAGCUUCACUUGUGCACCUGGGCCGACAUGAGCAGCGCUGUGGAUCCUAAGGAUUUGAUAAAUCUCGUGACAAUCAAGAGACACGUUCUCGACAAGGUGAGACAUCGUCCUCAGUAUCACACCAUCACGCAUUGUUCUGCUGGUUGUGGCCGAACUGGUGUGUUCUGUGCUGUGGACACGAUUGUCAACCUCUCGAGGUGCAAUGGCGGUUCUUUCGACUUUGCUAGCAACCCGGUUUACCCGAUGGUGAACAACUUGCGUCGGCAAAGAAUUCUGAUGGUGCAGACCAUGAGGCAGUAUUACUUGAUUUAUGACACCCUCGUGCACCAUGUGCUCCACGGGGCCCAGGAAUGGAUUGGCGACCUCAACAUCGUCAACGACUUUGUCUCACAGGUGAACGAAAGCGCUUUUUUAUAG